AUGGCUUGUGGGUGUGAGUGCAACUGUGGAGCAAAAACUCACAAUCACAAAAUGAAUAAAGAUCAAAAGCUAAUCCAGUUCUUGAUAGGGCUCAAUGAGGGAUAUUCUGGAGUAAGGGGAAACAUCCUCAUGAUGAAGCCCCUUCCUUCCACGGCACAAGCUUAUUCAAUCAUUUUACAUGAAGAGUCUCAAAGAGAGGUACACUCUGGUCACCAUGUGUCAGUUGAGCCUAGUGCUUUCAAUGUUAAUGCACAAAAAACUAAUAGCGAGUACAAGGGUGGAAAUUAUAACAGUAACACUGAAGCAAGGAAAAAUAACUUCUGCUCUUACUGUAAGAAGCAGGGACACCAGAAAGAGAAAUGUUAUAAACUGGUUGGGUACCUACCGUCUUUCAAGUUCACUAAGCCGAAGAGAAACUUUGAAAAUGUUCAGGCUAAUGCAGCAGUGAUUGAGGAAGGUGAAACAUCAGGAAGAGGAGCAGCUGGAAACAUAAGUACUUCAGGUUCUGAUGCUAAUGCAAGUGCCAACUUUGCCCCUUCUCUGAAGAGGCAAAUGGUGCUUGGUGAAGCUUUUGCUGGUCUCUAUGUGCUCGAAGUUGAUUCAACUAAGUCUAGAGUGUCCAAUAAGCCUUUCUUUCCUUUCCCUAAAAAUCAUGUAAAAACUUGUAGUGCAGCCAACUCAAAGUCUUUUGUUCAAUCGUGUAGUUCUGUCCCAGAGUCUAUUCAAACAUCUGUAAGAGGAAUUUUUCCAUCUAAUGAAAGUUUGAAAAUGAAUAAAACUGCAGUUUCUGAUUCUAUGAAUUCCAACAAACUUUGGCAUUUAAGAUUGGGGCACUUACCUUAUCAUGCAAUGAAGAAUAUAAAGAAUAUAUCUCUUUCAUCAACAGAUAAACAUCUUUUUCCUUGUGACAUAUGCCCAAUGGCAAGAUAG